AUGGCCGAGCCGGUCGAAGAUUCGCACCUGAACACGGAUCCAGGUUCGUCGAAAGAUCCAUCGCCGCUGGUCGAGAAUGAAGAAGACGGAUCGGAAAGAUCGGAGCUGCACAAGUUGUUCAUGGCUUGGUUGAACGAAAAAGAAGGGGAUCGAUUCGAAAAUGCGCCCGAAAUGUUCGACUAUGUUCAUAUGACGUUCAUAAGUCGCGGCGCAGGUGAGAAAUAGAAAAAUAAUGACAUGUUUUGCAUUGGCUUCUAAAGUGCAAGCCGGAGUGUGUUUGUACACUUGCACUGUGCAAAUUCGAAUUUUAUUUACGCUUCAGCACGCCGUGAAUCUUGAAAAAGUUAAAAACGAUUGCAGGCAAGCCGCGCGGAGACCACAAUAUGAUUGAGAUUGACGGCCACAUGAUUGGAUGGUAUAGGCGUAAAAAAACGAUUCCCGAAGUGAGAAUGGAGUUGUAUCAUCCGAAGCGAAGUCUGGAAGAAUCCCGACAACUGCUGCUCCAGUGGUUCAAUGAGAAUAUCGAUGUGUUCGAUGCGUACAAAGCCACCGAACUGCUCAUUGUCCUCGAAUUCAUCAUUUAUCCGCGGGACGAAAAAAAGUGUCAGUGGUUUGCGUGCUUCUCGUGUCUCGAUGAACAAUCAUGAAACAGAGAAUGUCCAUAAAGGGGGCGCGGUCUACGCUGAGACGCGUUUUUAGCAAGCUUCCGCUAUUUUUGUAUUCGAUUCAAUUUUCCAUUUCCCUGAAAUGAUUUUUGCCGAAAUCCGCGAAAUUUGCCCUAAAAUUCGAAACGCGGAAAGGUCUGAACACUUUGUUUUUUCAGUUGCGCAGAAACUAAUCGGAGAUGACUCCGAGAUGUUCUUUUAUAUACCGUUGGAGAUUUACGACGAUGAAGACUCGGAAAACGACGUACUGUUCGGAUGGAUUCGAGUGCCGACCGGCGAAUAUGGGCAGCCGAUGAAGCACCCCGAUGCGGAAAUGUCGGGAAGAGGAGACCAUCUGGCGUUCAUGAUCCGCACGAAAAGAAGUGCGAAAAAUUCGAAACUGAUGCAGCGAUGCUCUUUGUCGGAUCUCACGGAAAUUAUGAACUAUCCUGCAGAGAAUCGUAUUGAGACGAUCAAGGGAUUCGCGGAACAAAACGGUAUCGGCCCCUACGAAAUCGGAUCGCUGAUAGGUGAGCGCCAAUGACAUUAUCACCGUAUUUCACUUCAAUCGUGCUCUGUUCAGUUUGAAAAGUUAGGCCAGACUUUCUGUGAAAAACAACUGAAAAGAGAGCGUGAUUGCAGAGAAAUGCUUUCGUCCUCCAUUCGUGUCGACACCCGCAGUCAAUAAUACACGAAAACGAGCGCUUUUUGCAGGUGUCUCGAAAGAGACUGUCACUAAAUAUUUCGACGGAGUCAAAUUGCCGGAGAACAAGUACGCCGAGCUGAAAAUUGCGAUGUGGUAUUCGCAAUGCGUCGACAAACCCGACCUCCUCGACGAUUGCCGCUUCGAACUGCAGCAUCGCACAUUGGACCGGUUUAAGAAGACGACUCUGGAAUCGAAGUUCGGCUUCAGAAAGCCGACGAUGGAGCAAAUUGCCGAGUACGCGCCGGAAACUGAAUUUAGUCUCGAUUUUCUAACGAGAUUCUAUGAUAGAAGGGUGAGGAGCACUCCUCGAAAAACGGCUUUUAAAAGCGUGCGACAUUUCAGGAGAAAAUUAGAGUACACCGGGAAAAUUGCUCGAAUCGCUCGAAAAAGAAGCAAACGGUUCGAUCUGGUGAAUCUGUUGCGUCGCCAUCGCCCGAUCGGAAAUCUGCAAAAUUGGAGGAGCCGACGGCCGGAUGCUCCUCUCAAAAAGACGAAAAUUGA